AUGAGCGAAAAUAAUUCAAGUUUUACUGAAUCGAAAAAUUCAUCAGGAGAAAUUGGUUAUGAAAAAGAAAAUGCCAAAUUAAUUGUAUCUGAAUUGAUUGAUUUACUUAAUGAUGAAAGAUCAUAUCAAGAUAUUGGAAUUGCUACUGAAAUAACUAAAACUGUGCAUUUAUUAAUAAAACAAGGUGGUUCUCGAAGAAAAGAAAUUCUUGCUCAUCCAAAUUUGAUAACAUUUUUAAUAAAAUUAUUCAAUACCGACAAUGAUCUAACACGUUUAUUGGCUAGUUUAUUUCAUGAUAUUUCAAUUGAAGAAGAUGGAAUCCGAUUAUUACUUCUUACUGGUGUCAUACCAAUUUUUCUUCAAACACUUGAAUCUUUAAAUGAUGAUGUCAUCAAUUUUGUGCUUACAACACUUCGUAAUUGUCUAAUUGGUUUAAAUAAUGAAGCAGCGAAAGAAAUUCAAAUACAUAAUGGAUGUAUGACUUUUAUAUCAUUACUUAUUCAUCGACAUUCAAAUAAACAAAUGAAUUUUCUUGCUGAUUGUUUAUUACGUUUAGCUAUGUUUAAUACAAAUGCACAAAUUUAUUUACAAACAAGUAAAUUAUUUUUACAAGAAUUAGUUACUAUACUUGAUGAAACAAAUUAUAAUAAAUUAUCAUUUACAUUAAUACGAAUGCUUCCAUUAUUAUCAUCAAAUAUACAUACAAAAUCUAUAUUAAUACAAUUUAAUAUAAUAACAAUACUCGAACGUAUUUUACAUAUGAAAUAUGAUUAUAAAAUUCAACGUUAUUGUCUAUUAACGCUAAGAAAUUUAUCAGAUCAAAUUAUUCAUAUGGAUAAUUUUGAUUCAUUAAUUGUUACACUUAUACAAAUACUUUCAUUGAAUAAUGAUAUGCAAAUAAAAAUUUACAUUGUUGAUAUUUUAUCUAAUUUAUCAUGUGAAAAUCAAUCAAAUAAAUCAUUAAUGAUACAAAAUAAUAUUAUACAAUUACUUGUUAAAAUUAUUAUUCAAAAUGAUGAAAGAGAUGAUAUCAUUGAGUCAACAGUAAGUAGAAAUUUGUAUUUUAAUCGAAAAUUAACAAAGAAAAAUAAACAUAUAUGA